GUGCCAGCUGGCUCCAUUUGCUUCCAUAGGCUGCUGUUCACCCUGUGGACAAGAUGUUUCUGAUGUGGCUGGGACUUGUGCCUGUAUUUCUUUGUGUCACUGUAAAAUCACAGAGCAGUGCAGAUAACUUGACAUUCCACACUGACACUGUGAUUCAAAUUCUGGAAGUCUUGGAAUCCCAUCUGAAUGAGACCCUGAAUUCGCCCGUGAUAGACCUCCUCUGGGAUCUGAGCUGUUCUAAACGCGAGUUCUGCCAGAGCUUCCUCAACCCAGCAGCUUCUGUGCCCUCGAACUGGACUUAUUUGAAUGAGAAGCAGGAGGCUUUCCUCAAACGCCUGGUGAAUCACAAGGUUGAUGACUCCUUAGUAGAACAUGGGGUGGUGUUGACUCCUGAUGGGACCACAGUUUCAUUCAGCCCUGUUGUUCUUGGCAUAGCUGCUGGACUCAAGAAGAGACAUGAGGUGGCUCUGCCUAUCACACCUUUGCGCACUGAUUACUCAAACAGGACGGAUGUGGCUUCCUUCCUUGCAACCAUUGCUAGGGACCUUGGCAUCGCCUUUAUUCUCUUUCACAGGAAUAUGAGCGAAUCAGCCCUGGGGCCAAAUGGCUGCUGGGACAGUAUCUCUGCACCCCAUACAUUCACUUUGAUGAGCCCUCCUUCACCCAUUCCUGAUGCUUUCAUCAAUGGUGCCAUGGAUGGCCUGAUUCUGGGCACUUACUUGGCAGAGAAAGCUGGCCCACUACCCAACAUCAGUACUCUCCUGAGCGAUUACUAUGGUGGAGAGGGUCUGGAGGGAAAGAGUCGGCUUCGAAGCAAUUUCCGGAGAAGGAAAUUUGCAGGUCUGGUGAGCGAGGAAACAUUAUGGGAGCAAGUAAAGAGCUCCCUCCACCAGCUCCAGCAUAUGGAUAAACACAGUUCUCUUUUUGAAGGCAUUGGGAACCAGGAACUGAUAUCCCUUACAAACCAGGCUGUAGAAGAGUUCAUGGCAUUGUAUGUAGAGUGUCCUGCAAUCAUUCCCCGGUGCAUGUGGAGGGCCCGGCCCUAUAAAGGAACACCAACCCAGCUUAAGCUGCCCCUGGGCUUUGUAUACAUCCACCAUACCCAUUCCCCUAGAAAGCCAUGCCUAACGUUUCCAGCAUGCGCAGCAGACAUGCGCUCCAUGCAGCGUUUCCACCAAGAUGACCGUGGCUGGGAUGACAUUGGCUACAGCUUUGUUGCAGGAAGUGAUGGCUACCUCUACCAAGGACGGGGCUGGCAUUGGGUAGGUGCUCACACCAGGGGCUACAACAGCAAAGGCUAUGGCAUCAGUUUCAUUGGGGACUACAUGCAGGCUCUCCCAGAUCCUUGGGCCAUGGACCUUGUGAAGGACAACUUCAUGAAGUGUGCGGUGAGGGGCUCCAGGCUGCAGGGCAACUACACUGUUUAUGGGCACCGGCAGAUGGGGCCCACCUUAUGCCCAGGAGACAAACUCUUUAAAGAGAUAGAAACAUGGAAAGGUUUCAAGCACAGGUGUGAGAUGAGGGAGGGUAUUCGUCAGUGCAUCUAAUCCACAGCACGGGGCUCCUUCACACAAGCCUGAAGUCUUCACGAACCCACUGCCCUACAAAAUGAAAUAAUGAAAGCGGUAUAGUGCAUCGUCAAUAGCCGAGACCCUCAACAUUCGCAAUGAGCACUCACAUUGCAAUUAUUUGACAAAAUAAAUUAUGAACAUCAGACAA